UGACAUACCCCGCUAAAAGGUAAACAUGGAUUCUCCACUGUUGGGGAGAUCUCUAAGAAAAACGGUCACAUCAUUCACUGACGUGUUGUUUCCCAUAUCAAAAGAUGCACAGGAUCCACAACAAUACCAACUGAAAAAGACAGGAAAUGAAUAUGUUACAAAUCUGCCCCUACAGAUGGCGCUUUUCUUUAAUAUUUUCUAUGCUCCAUUCUGGUUAACAGCGACACUGGUCACAUUUGAAGUGAAGUUUUCUUACUUGUCAACCUUAUAUCUGAUAUUACUGAUAGCCAUAUAUGUAGUGUUUACCAUAAUGGAGGUCGUCAGAUUAUAUGUUGGUUUUGUUGGCAACUUAGCAGAAAGGGUACCAGAGUUGGCUGGUUCCUGGUUGUUGACAGUACUGAUUCAGUUACCACUCAUAUUACUUCUACUUUUCAACACUCAGCCUUUACUGUUACCAUUUGAGCGUGCUGUACAUAUUGUAGAAGCCAUGUUUGUAGUGUUUGAAGCAAUUUGUGGCUACUUUGCUAUCAGGACAAUGGUUAAUUAUCAAGUCACAAAAUUCCAUUUAAAACAAUUUACAGACUUAGAAAAUAUAACUGAUGAUGACUAUUGGCAGGAUAGAUAUGAUUACUCAUAGCAGCAUUGAAUGUUAGAAAAUAAUAGGACAUAUUAUAUGACACCAUUUUAUAAUGGUCUGAAGGUCUAUAUUGUUAAGAAAAAUAUAAGAACACAUUGCAUAUAAAUCAUAUUGAUUAAGAAACUGAAAGACAUCUUUGUUUGAUUUAAGAAGGAAAGAAGCUACAGUAGAAUCUUACUUACACUUUUGUAAAAUAAAAUAUAAUAUUUAGAAGUUUGGUAUUGCAUACUUUCAGCAACAAGCAUAUGUAAUGAAAGUUAUUUAAGAAAUAUGUAUUUUUCUCAGCAAAUGGUGUAUUUUAUCUUCAUUGUCUCCGUCCAAAAUAUUUUUUACAGUAAGUUUAACAUUGAAUAUUCAUAGGCGGACCCAGGGGGGCCAGUCCCUCCCUUUUCAUGGGUAAAAUUUGGUUACUUAUAUAGGGAAUCACUGAAGCAUGACUGGAGCGGGCUCACCCUUAGGUCAGUCAGGGGCCCCCCCUUAUGGAAAGUGCUGGAUCUGCCACUGAUAUUAGAUAAACAAAUUUUACUAAGUAUGCUGUAUGAUUUAUUGUAGAAUACCUUUUGUCACUAUUUUCAUAGUGCUAUUCUGAAAAAAGGGUGUUUGUAAAAAAUAAUGCAGAAAGAGAAAGUUUAUCAAGUUUAUGGUAAAACAUUUUUUUUUUAUGAAUGUA